AUGUCACCAUCAUCAACAGUUUUAUUCAAAAUUCUAGGGACAAACUCGUCCCGGGAUAGAUCCCCCAAAAAUCCCCAACAACAGGAACAUCAUCUUGAGCAAGAGUAUGAACUAGAACCGAAGCUAUCUUUUACAGACAGACGGAAGCUCAACGCCAAAGAGCUCAGGCUUGAGCUUAGUCGUGGUUAUGAAGAUACUGACCAUAGCCUCAACCGAUCUGAGAGCUUUCAAAAGACCCCAAUGCUAUCUCGGGAUAAUCCCAUUAGGCGCUCAAGUGAGAAUUCUGAAAACUUUAAUGAAGAAGUUGCGGAAUAUAAGCAGGAAAGGGCAAAAGCCCCAUCGACGCCAAUUCACACAUCUGUUGCUCAAAGUAUUUCCUCGUACUUGGGAAGCUUCGGGAUACUUACUCCUCCGUCGAAUUCAAAGAAGCUUCGUGAAGAAGAGGAGGCUAGGAGAAUAGAGGAGUUGAAACGCAGUAUACGUCAUUUGACACCGCCUCGAACACCGCAGAGGCCUCAAGACCCACCCCAUCAGUUCCUAGGAUCUUCAGAUAGCCCAAAUCUCAAACAAGAAUGGUCGCCACCACGAAGUUUCUCAAAUCGCCAUACUCGAAACUCCUCAACGGAUUCCACAGCAUCAUUGUCAGUAUCUAUAGUUGAUGAUUUUUCGUCAGAUGGAGCUAUAAGCCCGACCAAUAUAAGCCGCCCAAUUAUAUCUGUACCUCAGUCGAGUCCUGAGCUCAGCCCGAUAGCUACUGGGUUGUUUGAAAACCCAAGGCAGUUCUUCCCCAAGCCUCCGCGAGCACGGCGCUCUGCGGAAGAGACAAGAACGAAGAAUAAAGGACUUCCUCUGUUUCAGCUAGCUAGCUUUGCAGAGCCAAGUUUUUCCAGCCCUUCUCAGGUCGCGUACGAUGUACGGGACAUGGUUAUGCCGGUCGUGAUGAUUGCGAAUGCCUUGGGGUUUCCGCACAAAGCAUCCGUCAAUCAACGGCCCGAAAACCUAUCCACGGCCGUUUCGUCGGUGAAUCAUAGUCAGAAAAACAAGGCCGACAAACCUAGUAAGAAAGCAAGCUUAAAAGUAAAAAGCACACUGGGCGUUUUCCCUCGAAAAACUUUCACAAGGUCUUCUUCAGAGAGCAAGAUUAUCAAAAACAACCCAUAUCUUCAUAGCAGCAUCACGCAACAAGCGACAAGCUCUCUCAGCACUCAGACAUAUGUGGAAGAAACACAGUACUCAAUGGCUUCCGCCGUCUCUUCAUUGGAAAAUCUUCAGCCCAUAUGUUCUAUAACUACGAAUAGUGCUCCGGUCAGCGCCUUCGACGAUGACUCUUCGGACGAUGACUACUUUGGGGACUUCAAAAAUCUAUCUGGACUCGGAACUCGCAACCUUAGAAGGCGAAGGACUAGUUUAAAGAGAUUUUCUCGGGAUUCUAUGAGUCUCUCCGCAGACCGACCGUUUUCCCGUCUUUCCUUCUCAUCAAAGCAAGAUCCGCUAGGGUUCCCGAAAGAGAUCGAAACUCGACAAAUGUCUACAGAAAAUUUUAUACCUGUGCGCCAGAUCCCAAUCCCCGAAGAGGCGCAACUCUCUACCUCCGCAGGGACAUUCAACAAAGUUAGAUUCGGGAGCUCCAGAGUUAUUCGCGAAAAUGAAGUCCACCAUCUCAAAGAUGGCGACGGAUGCGACCACCUCGUACUCGAACAAGAGGAUGGCAAAAUCCUCGUCGUUUCAGGCACAUUGGAUUAUCUGAUGAUGGAACUCUGCGCUUCGUUUGAAACCGCAGAUGAUGAGAACUUUGCCGAUAUAUUUAUCCGUGCAUCUAUCCUGUUCACUUCACCUUUGUUCCUUCUCAAAGGGCUUACAACCCACUUCAGGAACGUGAAUUCAAGGAUCCAAGAGAGGAUCCUUGCGGUAAUUGAGAAGUGGCUUCGGACGCAGCCAGAAGAUAUAUUCGAAGCUGAAGCAACGAGGGAGAUACUUCUCAUAUUUCUGGCAGAAGUUUCAUGCUGGGGACAUACGCAAUAUGCCGUUCGUCUCACUCAAGCUUAUUCUUUGAUGAAGGAUAAGCUUCAGAAUUUCCAGAAUGCUGUGGAAGAGGCCAAGAAGUUGAAUGAUUCGAUCGAGAACGUGGCGUCUUCCUCGUUUCCCGAGAAUCUAAAACUCUUUUUCGGCGAUGAGAACAUCAUGCUAGAGGUCGCACAGUAUCUCACAGCAGUCGAUCUCAUUUUGUUUCGGGACGCAUCGCACACCCGAACCGUCAGUUUAUGGUGGAUGUCACAAACGAGCGAAGAGCAAAACUCAUGGAGUUGGGAGUGCGAAGUUCCUUACGCUGAUGAGGCUUCCACCGACAGUGUUGUUGAGAGGGUCAACAGACUCCUGCGAAGAUCCGCCAAUUUCAAGUUCUGGAUUCAGCAUGAAGUUCUGGCGAUGACAAAGUUCGAAGAUCGCGCCGACCUUAUUUCAAGCCUGAUCCAUCUAGCCUUGCUGCUGAGAGAUCAAGGAAAUUUGCAAUCCUGCCUUGUAAUAGUUGAGGCCCUCGCUGUUGAUACUAUUAUCAGCCUGGAAAAGACCUGGGAUUGCGUUCCAAUUGAGAGGAUUAGAGAGUUCUCUGAACUCCGGGCCCUCCUCGACCAAUCAACUUAUGUCAGCUUCUUUUCGCAAUGCAAGGAUUUUGCGAUUCCUUAUUUCCUAUUUUUUAUCAAAGCAGUUGCGACAAUCCUCAACCAAUCUACAAACGCAAGCUCUAGAUAUAGCGAUGCCUCGAAGAUCCAUGUCGACUCUCAAAUCGAGGCUAGUUUAUAUCGGCCUCCAACAUCACCAACAAGCGACAAAUCUAGUAGGCAACCACCGAUCCUACUAGAUUUCAAAAAGUACCGGUCUUUCGUCAAGGAGGUUUCAGUUUACCGAGCCAUGACCAAGUAUCCACCCAAAUUUGUCUGGAGUCUAGACCGAAAGUGCUUUGUUUUUCGCAAGAUGGAAAUAGGACGGCUAGCGUUUCCCCGGGACCGCGAUAACGCUAGCAGGGCCACCAGCCGCAUGAGAAGCGGCUCUAUUGCUUCGAUCCCAGAAGAUACUCCAGAUGCAAGUUAUCUCAACCAUCUAUCGGAAAUUAUCGAGGGAAGGAUCGACACCGUUCUUUCCCCUUUCCUCCCAUCUAGUCCUGACGACGAUCUUACCAAACUGCAACAAUUUACCAGAGCCAUGAAGUCUCUCAGGCAGCAGGUCCACGGAGAGGAUUUGCAUUGCUAG